AUGGCAAUGGUGGUGUCUAGAAAAUCUAAAUGUUGUCUCUGUUCCCUGUUCCUGUUGAUGAUCUUGGGCAUCAGUUUGGCUGUGGUGUCCACUCUAAACCUUUUUGAGCCGAAGAAGGAACAUCAUCAAGUGGUUGCUGAGAUGUAUAGUCAGACAAAAUCAGCGCCGAGAGUCGUGGAGAUGAGUACUGUAAGUAAAGAAUAUGGAGGAGAGAAUGUUAAGAUUACUGACUCAGCAUUUUUAGUAUUUUUCAGUGGAAGAAAAGGUAUUGAUUUUGUAGAAGCUUUGAUUUACUUUUAA